AUGACCGUCGACUCGGUGAGCUUCAUUUCGCUCGUCACGACGGAUCCCACGCUUUUCAAAAAAACCGCCACCUUCUACCAUGCCUUGGGCCUUCGCUUGGUGAAAAACUACAAUAAGGUCUCCAGCUCAGUUGCUUCUACUAUAGUGCACGGCAUCUCUGGCGAUUCAUCUAAGGAGAUCUGGUUGGAGGCGCUUCCUUUGCAGAACUUGGACCUGGACGGCAAUGUGGUGCCGUGGCAGGAGAUGCCGUUCUACGAGGGCGACCACACGGCUCAGUUGUGUAAGGGCACCGUGGUGAAGAUUAGACUUUCGUCUUUGGAGAUUGCCCAGCUGAACCCACAGACCAUUGAGUUGUUUACGACGGAUAUGGAGAAGCUCAAGGAGCUUUUGGGGAAAGCGGGUGCUUCGUUUAAGGAGAAUGGCGCUGCAAUUGCUGUUUUAGAUCCAUUGGGCAACACUUUACACUUUUCCAAUAAGGAGCUGUAUCUCAGUGAACGCAAGUUUACCAGUCAAAAGGAGUACUUGGAUUAUAAGACCAAGGAGCUUACGGAUGCGUUGAACCAGCAUAAACAGACAGAGGAUAUUCUGGACUUGCCUGCUUCUCAGAAAGCCAAGAAGAAGAAGAUUGCCGUGAUGACUUCGGGCGGUGACGCUCAGGGCAUGAACUCUGCGGUUCGUGCUGUCAUCCGUUCGGGUAUUUACUAUGGCUGUGACAUGUUUGCUGUCUAUGAAGGUUACGAGGGUUUGGUCCAGGGUGGAUCUCUCUUGAAGCAGAUGGGCUGGGAAGAUGUCAGAGGGUACCUUGCCUUGGGCGGUACUAUGAUUGGUACUGCCAGAUGUGCUAAAUUCAGAGAAAGAGCCGGCCGUUUGGAUGGUGCGUUCAACAUGGUUAAGAACGGUAUUGAUGCACUUAUCGUUUGCGGUGGUGAUGGUUCUUUGACUGGUGCUGACUUGUUCCGUGCCGAAUGGCCUUCUUUGGUUAAGGAGCUUGUGGAAACUGGUCGUCUUACAGAAGAAGAAGUUAAACCAUACCAGAACUUGACCAUUGUGGGUCUUGUGGGUUCCAUUGAUAACGAUAUGUCUGGCACUGAUGCCACCAUUGGUGCAUACUCUUCUUUGGAGAGAAUUACCGAAAUGGUUGAUUAUAUCGAUGCCACCGCUGCUUCUCACUCUCGUGCUUUCGUCGUUGAAGUCAUGGGCCGUCAUUGUGGUUGGUUGGCUUUGAUGUCUGGUCUUUCCACAGGCGCAGACUUCAUCUUCCUUCCAGAGAGACCUCCUAAGCAUGGCAAAUGGCAAGAAGAGCUCAAGAACGUCUGUUCUCGUCACAGAGACUUGGGUAAAAGAAAUACCACUGUUAUCGUCGCCGAAGGAGCAAUUGACGACGAGCUUCAACCAAUCACCUCAGAAGAAGUCAAGAAGGUGCUUGUUGAAUUGGGCCUCGACACCAGAAUCACCAUCUUGGGCCAUGUGCAGAGAGGUGGCUCAGCCGUUGCCUACGAUAGAAUGUUGGCAACCUUGCAAGGUGUCGAAGCCUUGAGAGCAGUGUUGGAAACCACUCCAGACACGCCUUCUCCUGUGAUCGGCAUUGUGGAAAAUCAGCUAGUGCGUCAGCCAUUGGUGGAGUCUGUCAAGAAUACGAAAAUGGUGGCUGAAGCCAUUGAGGCUAAGGAUUUCGAUAAGGCUAUGGGCUUGAGAGACUCUACCUUUUCUUCGAUCUACAGGAACUACUUGGUUACCACUGUCAACGCUGCUGGCGAGAACUAUGUUCCUGAAAGAGAGAGAUUGAACAUUGGUAUCGUGCAUGUUGGUGCUUCUUCUUCUGCUCUUAACGCUGCCACGAGAGCUGCCACCUUGUACUGUUUGUCCAAGGGCCACAAAUUGUACGCCAUCCAGAAUGGUUUCUCAGGCUUGAUCCACUCAGGAAACUUCAAAGAAUUGACCUGGUUGGACGUCUGUGGCUGGCACAACAAGGGUGGUUCCGAAAUCGGUACCAACAGAUCAUUGCCUAGCGAAAACUACGGUAACGUGGCCUAUUACCUCCAAAGACAUCAAUUGAACGGAUUGCUUAUUGUCGGAGGUUUUGAGGCAUUCACAGCAUUGCAUGAAUUGGAGAACAACAAGCACAAAUACCCUAUCUUCAAUAUUCCAAAGGUGGUUAUUCCUGCCACUGUUUCCAAUAACGUCCCCGGCACGGAAUACUCUUUGGGUUCCGACACUUGUUUGAAUCAACUUGUGAACUACUGCGAUGCCGUCAAGCAGUCUGCGUCUGCAACCAGAAGAAGAGUCUUUGUUUGUGAAGUGCAAGGUGGUAACACGGGAUAUGUUGCAUGUUAUGCGGGUUUGGUCACAGGUGCCAUGGCCGUUUACACUCCAGAAAGCAAAGUUACGUUAAAGACAAUCAGAGAGGAUUUCGAUUUGCUAUCACAGGUGUUUGAAGACGACAGAGGCGAAGACAGAAACGGUAAGCUUCUCAUAAGAAACGAACACGCUUCAGAAGUCUACACCACGGACCUUUUGGCAGACAUGUUCAAGGAGGCAGCCAACGGUAGAUUCGAAACAAGAACGGCAGUGCCCGGACACGUGCAGCAAGGGUUCAUGCCGUCAUCAAUGGACCGAGUUUACGCUGUGCGUUUUGCUGUCAAGUCGAUCGAAUACAUUGAGGAGUGGAGCAAGAGAGUGUUUUCGGCGGCAGACCACACCCUGCAUCACAGUGUGAACAACAUCAAGAUGAUUGAUCUUUUGGACAAGGAACAAGAGCUGUCGGUUGUGAUUGGCGUGCAAGGCGCCAAGGUUGUUUUCUCAGACAUUAACGAUCUUUACAACACCGACACCGACGUUGCUUUAAGAAAAGGACGCACCAUCCACUGGAGCCGGCUCGAGGAAGUGAGCAACUUGUUGAGCGGGCGUUUGAUGCUUAGAGAGGGCAAGCCAACACGGUAG